AUGGAGCGUCAAAUCGCCACGGUGACGGAGCGCGUCUACCCCAAUCGCAUUGUUCUAGAUGGCCUCAUGAUCCACAGCAUCAUGGGCUACGUCUCGCACUGCUACCUGCGGACUCUGCGUCAGGGGGCCAACGCCUGCGACGCGGUCAGCAUCGCUGAUUACGAGUACUCCUUCAUCUACGAAAACGUGGAGGAGUUCGAUGAGUCGUGGGUGCCGUACUCGACCCGCUACAAGUCGCUCUUUGGCCGUGUCAUUGCCUCUGCGAUGGAGCUGUCCGUGAUGCCCACCAUCGGGCAGGCGAUUCAGGUGGAGCCAGGGCUCUUUGUGCGCUCGCUCGAAGACAAACACCGGCACCGCAAGAGCAAGGAAAACGAGUCAGGAAGCGAGGAAGACGAGGCGAGCUCCGGCGCGAGUCAUCGCACGCAGGGCAGCGGCGAGAGAGGCUUGACCAAGAUGAAUCGGGUGGAUAAGUUGAAUCAGUACGUGUUCUACGACAUGCGCAAGUACGCGGAGAACAUGGACGAGCACGCGCAGCCGCCGGUGGACGGCAACGCGGACGAUAUCAGCUCCGCUGAGCAUCCCUUCGACCAACCAGCGCAGAACCGACGCAAGCGCCAUGGAAAACAGGAAGGCAAAGGCGGUUCUGAGAAGGAGAGUACCCAAUUCGACAACGACGAAAACCCGAAGGAGGAAACUUUUAUCGUUAUUGAGUACCGCCGUCCGCUACCAUACGAGCGGUCGCAGGCGCUCUGCCACGCCAGCAACACGCCCGGGGUGGCGGUGGAGUACGAUGAAACGCGCGCGGCAGGUGAUGUCAUUGAGGGCUUUCUGGCACGUGCGCACGGCUGGUACUUGGGUCACGCCGCGCAGCGUAAGACCACACCCCUCAUGGCGAUCUACCCGUCAUCGGCGCUGCCGAUGUUUGCAAAGAGCGGCGUCGCCGGCCUGCGCGUGCGGCGCGAGUGGGAGGGUGACUUCUCGGGCCGCUGCUACGUGUUCGACAGCGCGUCACUUGCGGCAGAGACGGUGCCCUCAAGCUCUUCGGCUGCUGUUGGGAAAGGUGGAAAAGGGCAGGUGAGGGCUGCCGGUAGUAGGAUGGUGGUGGAGGAGGGAGAGGAGGGCGAAGCGGACAACGGCAUCGCCGCUGGUGUCACCAUCGGGCCGUCCACCCUCUCUGGGGGUCACGUCGGCCUGGGCGGUUCAGCCGACUCGGUGCAGUCCAUGGGCAAGACCUUCAAGUCGCUUUUCUUCCCCUCCAAGGCACACGUCCUGUCCGUCAUCGACGACUUUGUGCAAGAGCGGGGUCGCUACGGCGUGCCGGGCGUGGUCGCGCGACUCAACCUCUUCCUCUAUGGCGCCCCUGGCACGGGAAAGACAUCCUUCGUCAAGGCGCUGGCCCGCCACCUGCGCCGCAACCUGGUCGUGGUGUCGAUGAGCGAGAUCUUGACCGUGGACGAGCUGCAGAAGCUGCUGCAGCCGUUUGAACUGGCACACACCGGUGACGACCACGACGAGCACCGGUUUAGUGUGCGGCCACAUCAGUCCAUCUACGUCUUUGAAGAUUUUGACGCCAUUGGAGACGCGUGGGAGGCGCUGAUGCGCGAUCAGAGCGAGCGCAAGACGGCUCAGGCGCAGCAAGCAGAGGCGGCGGCGGCGCGAAAGGAGGCCACCACGUCAGAGACGAACGAAGACGACACAGAGAGCAGCACCGGAACCAACAGGGAUGAGAAGGGGAGUGAGGAGGACUCGGCAGAAGACACCACCGCGGCGGGGUCGAGGGAGGAAAAGCGGUAUUCUGCAUCAUCGAAAAAUGACAAGAACAGCAGCCCUGACGACGACGACGGCGGCGACAGUGACGACGACAGCAGCAGCAGCAGCAAACCCCCAUCGAAGAAGAGCGACUCGUUUGUGCUGGAGGACGAGCGGCUGGAGGAGCUGGACCGCGUGCACCUCACGGUGGAGAGGUUCCUCGACUUGUUCAACGGCUUCAAUCUCCCCGACUCCUUCAUCGCCGUCUUCACGACGAACCACCCGGAGAGGGUGCACCCCCGCAUCACCAGCACCAACAUGAUGGAUAUUACGCUAGACAUGGGCAUGCUGAACGACGAGUGUGCGACGGAGAUGAUAGAGCACUACUUUGUGAAUGAGCUCACGGCGGGGACGGCCGGUGCAAAGGGUCAACCACACCUUACCACGGCACAAGUGGCGGAGCUGCACGCUGCGUUGGAGGUCUUUAACCGCUCGGCGGACGGUGUAAGCGGGGCGCUGCUGGAAAACAUGUGCAUUGAGUGCGACACAGUGGCAUCGCUGACGCAGCGGUUGCGAGCGGCGGAUACGUGGGAUAUCGUCAACGCCUUCUGA